AUGAGCAGCAUAAGUGUAAAUUCCAGUCCACGGUCAUCUUGGCCACCAACAUCAGGCGAACCUGAAGGAUACCUAUAUACGCCUGAAGCUACGUCUUCUGAGCCUGAUGAUACUCCACCGUUGCAUGCAGUAAACGUCGCACCAAGAUGGAACGAGUCGAAAACAACAAUAUGGAAGGUGACAGCCACGUUUUGGUGUGCAUUUGUGAUGGGGUCCAAUGAUGCUGCAUAUGGAGCCAUCAUUCCAUCUUUAGAAGUUUACUACCAGAAAAACUAUACAGUCAUUUCCCUGGUGUUUCUUUCCCCUUUUGUGGGAUAUACCACAUCCGCUAUUCUGAGCAAUUUAGUUCAUCAGAAGCUCGGCAGGCGAGGAAUCACAAUAAUUGCGCCUACUUGCCAUGUACUUGCAUUUGCAGUCAUAUCUACCCACCCACCCUUUCCAGUCCUGGUCAUUAUGUAUAUGCUGGUGGGAUUGGGGAGCGGACUUCACAAUGCGGCAUGGAAUGUAUGGAUCGGGAACAUGGCGAACUCGAAUGAAGUGCUCGGUUUCUUCCAUGGAUUCUAUGGCAUUGGAGCCACAAUAAGCCCGUUUGUUGCUACGAGUCUCAUUAUCAAAGCUGGAUGGCAAUGGUACUCUUAUUACUACCUGAUGACUGGAGCAGCUUCUAUCGCGCUAAUCUACGCCGCCAGCGCUUUCUGGGAUGAAACUGGUAGCAAAUAUCGACAAGAGAAUCCCAGUCACCCAGGCAGAGGAGGAGCAUUCUCUCAAACACGCCUUGCCCUCACAUAUAAGGUUACUUGGAUAUGCGGCAUCUUCCUCUUCCUCUAUGGCGGAAUCGAGGUAGCAAUCGGUGGUUGGAUUGUUGUCUUUAUGACAAAUGUCCGACACGGAGACCCAUUUGAAUCCGGAAUGGCAGAAACAGGUUUCUGGCUCGGCCUCACAGUCGGUCGAUUCGUGCUAGGGUUUGUGUCACCACGAAUUGGAGAAAAGCUGUCCAUUGCUGUAUACAUUCUGCUUGCAAUUGCUCUUGAGCUCAUCUUUUGGCUUGUGCCUGAGUUCAUCGUAUCCGCGGUUGCGGUUGCAUUUGUUGGAUUAUUUUUGGGAACUAUCUUCCCAGGAGUUGUGAUUGUGGCGACACGAUUGCUACCGAAGAAUCUUCACGUUGCUGCUAUUGGAUUUGCAGCUGCCUUUUCCAUGGGUGGUGGUGCUGUUUUCCCAUUUAUGAUCGGCGCUAUUGCUCAGUCCAAGGGCGUGACCGUGCUGCAGCCAGUCUUGCUCGCCUUGCUAGCUGUGUCAUUGGGAAUCUGGGCAAUGAUAUUCGGACUUCCUCAGCAAGAGGUGCCAUAUCGCGUCUGA